AUGAAUACUCAAAAUUCCCUCAAAGCCCUGCGUCGACUGGCCACCACAUCGGUUCGAGUACCCCGCUCGACAUUGAAUACCCAGCCUGGUCUUCGCGGGUUCUCAACGACGCCGGUAGGCUCAUUACGCUUCACAUCCCUCCAGCACGACAAAUCCGAUCCAUAUCACAAGUCGAGCACGGAUGCAACAGGGACAAGUGCAGGGCCUCACGAAGGAUCUGCUUCAAGAACCGAUCGUGAGAUCAUCGUCGAGUAUCCCGACGAUGAAAAGGUCUUUGACCAGCACGAGCGCCCACUCCGAGGGUUUGGUGGAGUGCAGAAUGCCAGGACACUUCCCACGUUCUCCCUAGAAGGGCGCACGGCGGUUGUGACUGGCGGAGCAAGAGGCUUGGGCUUGGUGAUGGGACAAGCGCUUGUGAACUCCGGCAGUGAUUUAGCAAUUGUGGAUCUGAACAAGGAGGAAGGCGAAAAGCAGGCGGCCGAGAUCGUUCGUUUGUUCAAGAAGGAUUUCCCUGACGAGAAACCUCCAAAAGUGACUGCGCACUAUUCAGAUGUCUCCGACCCCGAUAGUGUGACAGAUUGCAUCAACGAAGUCAUCUCGAAGCAUGGCAAGAUUGACCACCUGGUCACGUCUGCCGGCUUCACUGAGAAUUUCUCCGCAGAAACUUACCCAUAUGAUCGAAUCAAGAAACUUUGGGGUGUGAACGUCGAUGGAACAUAUCUUUUCGCAACCGCAGUGGCGCGGCAUUUGAUGGAGCGAGGCAACAUCACUCACGGAAGUAUAGUCAUGAUUGGAAGCAUGUCUGGCGCAGUUGUCAACGUCCCUCAACCACAGGCUCCUUACAACGCAGCCAAAGCAGCUGUCCGUCAUCUUGCAGCCAGUCUGGCAGUAGAAUGGGCGCACGCACACAUCAGAGUCAACUGCAUCUCUCCUGGUUACAUGCUGACAGCAUUGACACGAAAAAUCCUCAAUGACAAUCCGGAACUUAACAAGACUUGGACUUCACUGAUUCCAGUCGGAAAAAUGGGUUCCCCAGAAGACCUGCAAGGUGCGGUGGUGUACCUUCUUAGUGAUGCUAGCCGUUAUGUCACUGGUGCCGAUCUUCGAGUUGAUGGAGGGUAA